AUGAGGACUUUUACCGUGGUGGCGGUCUUGUGCUUUGCGGCACUGGCCGUGGCUACUUCAUCUCUGAACGAGAAGGGCCCCAAGGGUGACCGCGGAGAAACCGGUGCCCAGGGUCUGCCCGGCCCCCAAGGCCCCGGUGGCAAGGGUGGCGACGGUGGUUACAACGGGCGCAACGGUGCCCUCGGUGAGGACGGCGAUCGCGGAGACAAGGGCCUUGCCGGCCGCCCCGGCCUCAAGGGCGAGAAGGGCACUGACGGCCGCAAGGGUAUGAUUGGCGAGCAGGGCGAUGCCGGAGAUCAAGGCCAGCCCGGUGACAAUGGACGCGACGGCCCCAAGGGCUACCCCGGUUCCCCCGGUGUGGCCGGCGCCGACGGCACUGAUGGCCGCCCCGGCGAGGACGGCCUUCCCGGCCCCGACGGUGACGACGGUCUUCCCGGUCUCGACGGUACCAACGGCGUGGACGGCUCUGAUGGCGCCAUGGGCGACAAGGGCUACAAGGGCGACACUGGCCGUGCUGGCCGCCCCGGUCGUCCCGGUGAGGCCGGUAUCAAGGGCCGCGACGGUCUUGACGGUGCUCCUGGCUCUGCUGGUCCUGAUGGUGACCGUGGCUUCCCCGGCUACACCGGCGACAAGGGCCGCGCUGGUCCCGCUGGUCCCUCUGGUACUCCUGGCUCCAACGGCCGCCCCGGUCCUGAUGGCCGCAAGGGCGAACGUGGUGACAUUGGCUUCCCCGGCUUCCCCGGUCCCGACGGUGCCACUGGCCGCCCCGGCCGCCCCGGCCCCGAUGGCCGCCCCGCUAACAAGGGUGCUGCUGGCCCCAUGGGCUCGGCUGGUCCCCAAGGUUUCAAGGGCCAAAAGGGUGCUGCUGGUGUGGACGGCAACGACAACUCGAAGGGUGCCACUGGCCCCCGCGGUGAGACUGGCCUCGAUGGCCGCGACGGCACCGACGGUCCCACUGGUCCCCGCGGUGAUGCCGGCUUCAAGGGCGUGAAGGGCCGCAAGGGCAAGGACGCCGCCAAGGGUCAGAACGGUGUGGACGGCCUCAAGGGUCAAACCGGUCUCAAGGGUCUCCGUGGUGACGACGCGCGCUCUCAAGGCCCCAUCGGCCCCCGCGGUGAGCCCGGUAUCAAGGGUCAGCCCGGACCUGCCGGUCGCACUGGUCCUCAGGGUGCCAAGGGUACCAAGGGUCGCUCCGGUUUCCCCGGCUUCAAGGGUGCCAUGGGUCCCGACGGUGACGACGGCGCGGAUGGUGUUCCCGGAACCGACGGUGACAAGGGUAUGCCUGGUGCCAAGGGCCGUGCUGGUGAGCCCGGUCUCGAUGGUUCGGAUGGUCGCGACGGCAGCAAGGGCGCUCGCGGUGACCGCGGUUUCCCCGGUUUCACUGGUGACAAGGGCGAGGCUGGUACCCCCGGCCGCAACGGCGACGACGGUGACAACGGUCUUGAUGGUCGCCCCGGUCGUCAGGGCCCCAAGGGCUUCAAGGGUCUGACUGGCGUCAACGGUGACUCUGGACCCCAGGGUCCCAAGGGUGACGAUGGUGGCGCCAAGGGCCGCAUGGGUGUUGACGGCGACGGCGGUGACAAGGGCUACAAGGGCCGCGAUGCGAACAACGGUGUCAAGGGUCGCGAUGGUCAGCCCGGUGAGGAUGGUCUCCCCGGCUUUGUCGGUCCUGCCGGUAACAAGGGUAUCACUGGUCGCCCUGGCCGUGAUGGUGACAUCAUGCCCGACGGUGAUAAGGGUCUGCCUGGUCCUUCUGGUGAGCGUGGUCUCCCCGGUGACAAGGGUGACGACGGUGCCCGUGGUCUGCCCGGUUUCGACGGUCCCAAGGGUAUCAAGGGUCGCGUCGGUAUUCCCGGCCGUGACGGUACUCCCGGUCGUGACGGUGCCAAGGGUCAGCCCGGUGCCAUGGGCCAGCCUGGUCGCGAUGCUGAAGACGGUGCCAAGGGUCAGCCCGGUUCCAACGCCGAGGACGGUCUGCCCGGCCCUGCCGGUGAUGCUGGUCGCGUUGGCCCCAAGGGUCGCAAGGGUAUGGAUGGUCUCGAUGGACAGCCCGGUGCUCCCGGUGCCAAGGGUGUUUCCGGCCGUCCCGGUGAGAACGGUCUGCCCGGUGGCCCCGGACCUCGCGGUCCUGCCGGUGAUGAAGGCUACAAGGGUCAGCAGGGUGACAUGGGCCCUGGCGGUGCCGCCGGCGGCGAUGGUGCCCUCGGCCAGCAGGGUGAUGUCGGUGACCAAGGUGAUCGCGGAGACAAGGGUGACCAAGGCGAGAAGGGCCAAGACGGUGCUGACGGUAUCGACGGCCCCAAGGGUCGCAACGGCCGUGACGGUGCCGACGGUUUCGACGGUACCGACGGUAUCAAGGGUCAGGCCGGUUCUCCUGGUGACUCAGUUCCCGGACGCCGCGGUGACAUUGGUUACAAGGGUCAGCCCGGUUUCCGCGGCUCGUAUGGUGUCAAGGGUAGCGUCGGUCUGCCCGGUCGCUCCGAGCCCGUGCGUGCCUUUGAGACGGAUGCCGAGUGGCGCAGCUUCAAGGCCGCCUGGGAGGCUGCCGUUGCCGACUACGACUCGUUUGAUGGCUCCUGCGACGAUGUCAUGGACGACUUUGAGAUGACCAAGGAGGACGCCAAGGCCGUGUAUGAUGACGCCGAGGAGUUCUUUGAGCACAUCCGCAACGGUGCCGUUGAUGUCGAGGAUGUUGUUCGCAGCGCCAUUGCCAAGUUCGAGUCGGACUACGAAGAGGACGCUCGCGAUGCUUUCCAGACCGUUCAGGAAUGGAUCACCUCUCUGCGCAACUACGUGCGCUACUACCAGGAGCGCACGGCAUAA